CGAUCAUCACCUUUCCCGUCAUAUCUGUACUUUUGGUCAGACAUUUAGAAUCAUUCCGUCGACCUGGCGAACGUUCAAAUCCGAUCAUUCACUCCUUCGCUAUCGCACACGAUCGAGGACUGUCGGCUUUGCCACCACCGUGACGUUAGUCAUCAACCUCAUACCUCGCUAGUCCUUGCAAGGGGUCGCCUUCACCUGAAGGGUAACCCGCUCAACACGUCUCAACCUGGCUUCCUCAACCCGUACCUUACGUUCCCGAGCCAUCAAGAGACCGCUGUCGCCCUCGCCAUCGUUAUCGAGCGAGAGCACACGACCAAACAAGCAAGCCAAGAAGAAUACGGAGCGAGAAUUUUCGCCUGCUCCGUUUGAAGAAGCGUCAGACAGUCCACCGGGCCCGAAGGUCACUUUACCACAAACUCCAGAUCCAGAACCGGAAGAGGGAGCAGAUAUAAUCAGAGAGAAGGAUCAGAACAAGAUGUCUUCCGACGGCGAUGAGAUGGAUUACGACGAUUUCGAGUUCGAGGACGAUGAAGGGAUCGAAGAUGAUAACGGUUCGCAGACCUCGAUCGGUGAAGCGUACGAUGCUUUCGAUGACGGAGUGGCAGGAAAACCCGUGAAGAAGGACCCUUGGGACAUCAGCUACCAGCCCAAGAGUGUCGAAGAGCUUCAAGAAGAGCAAAAGGUUUUGGUCGACCGAGUGUGUGGGUUGAUCGACAGCGAUCCAUCCACGGCAGCCACGUUGUUACGUCAUUACCACUGGAACCCGGAAAAGCUGAGCGACAAGUUCUGGGAAGAACCGGCCAAGACCUUGCAUGCUGCCGGUCUCUCUCCGCCCUCGUCCCCGUCAUCCAGCACCAAACCUCUUCCCGCCUCCAACAACGCCAAAGCCUCUUCCUCUAGGUCUCGACUUGAGCCGGUACCCACGGAAUCGUUCGAAUGUCCCAUCUGUUGCCUGGAAUUCGAGCCUGAAGAGAUCGCUAGCCAGACACUCAGCCUUGGAUGCGAACAUCGAUUCUGCAAGGGCUGUUGGACUGAAUAUUUGGAACGCAAGAUUUUGGAUGAACAAGAGAGUGGUCGAGUGCAAUGCAUGGAAGAUGGUUGCGGAAGGGUAGUGGGGGAAAGGACUGUGAUAGCAUUGGUCAAUGACAAGGCCAAAGACAGGUACCGAGUGUUGCUGGAUCGUACCUACGUCGAUGAUAGCCCGCAGCUCAAAUGGUGCCCACACCCCGGAUGCGAGUAUGCCGUCUUUUGCAAGGAAUCCCCCGCUCGCAAGUUGGAUCAGAUCAUCCCCAUCGUGCACUGUGCUUGUGGCAACGACUUUUGUUUUGGCUGCGGGUUUGCCAACAAUCACCAACCCCUCACCUGCCGUUAUGUCAAGCUCUGGCAGAAAAAGUGUGCGGACGAUUCCGAGACAGGUAAUUGGUUGAUGGCCAACACCAAGGAGUGCACGAAGUGUAACGCUACGAUCGAGAAGAAUGGCGGAUGCAACCACAUGACGUGCAAGAAGUGUCGAUACGAAUUUUGUUGGGUCUGUCAAGGCGAUUGGCAAUCUCACGGGACGAGCUGGUACAAUUGUAACCGAUUCGACGAGAAGACUGGACAAGAUGCGCGUGACAGUCAAGCAAAGAGUCGAGCCAGUCUUCAACGAUACUUGCAUUACUUCAACCGAUGGGCUAAUCACGAGCAAUCUGCCAAGCUCGAUCAUCAGCUCUACCAGAAAACCGAGCGCAAGAUGGAAGAGAUGCAGAACGGGAGCGAUCUGACCUGGAUCGAGGUCCAGUUCGUCAAGCGUGCCGCGGACGUCUUGUUGGAAGCGAGAAUGUCGUUGAAGUGGACGUACGCCAUGGCGUUCUACAUGAAAAAGGACCUUUCGACCGAGAUUUUCGAGGACAACCAGGCCAACUUGGAACAAGCCGUCGAAGCCUUGUCCGAGAUGCUGGAAAAGCCGAUCGACGCGACGACCAUUAUGCAACUCAAAUCGGACAUGGUGAACAAGACCAACUAUGUGAAGAAACGGGCGGAGAUCAUUCUAGAUGAUACCCUGAAGGGGCACUACGAGUCUCGAUGGAAGUUUACCGAUCGCGAUUGAACGAGGUCGACGCGAUGACACUAGUCAGACGGAUAGAAAGUAGACUUAGCAAGGUAUAGCAAGUGGUAUCACGAUUGGACAUGUCUUUCCCCGUGUGAUCUCGUCAGCAUUUGUAUCACGAUGAUCUCAGACAUCAUCCCAUCGCUC